AUGAUCUACGACGCCAAGCGGCUGAUUGGCCGCAAAUUCAACGACGCCGAUGUCCAACGUGACAUGAAACUGUACCCCUUCAAGGUCUUCAAGAAGGGCAACAAGCCUGUCCUCCACGAAGCGCAAGAGAUGGGGUCUGCGGCACAAGGACCUUCAAAAUCUUCCACCACCCCCUUUGUCACCCCCAGUACGAGCAUCAAUCUUGUCAUCUCAUUCCAAAGGUCUUACUCUUGUUGA